AUGGCCCAGGAGAACCAAUCAGGCCAUCAAAAGCAGUGGAAGGUCAAUUGGCUCGUCCCUGUAUCAGCUUUCAUGGUUCUCUUUGCAAAGAUCAGGGCCGCUCGACACUCGAACAAGCUCAAGACGACGUUGUCUGGUGGUAGCUACACCUCGAGGAGUUUAUGGAGUACAGGGAACAAGAAGGCGAAGAAGAGGAAGAAGGGGAUGAGCUUUUUAAAUCAAGAGGGCAUCGAUAGAGUGCUCGAACAAGAAGAACAGCAGCAGAUCAAGGGGGAGGGAGAAGGAAUGUUCGGGGAUGGCGGGGUCUGGCAGAGGUCAAUCCUGAUGGGGGGUAAAUGCGAUCCGUUGAACUUCUCCGGGGUCAUAUACUACGACGAGAAGGGGAGGAAGCUCAACCAGUUGCCUCCACGGUCGCCCCGAUCGAGCCCUUUCCCGGUAUAA